GAUUGACAGAGAUUGACACGAGUUGACCCAGUGCAAAAACCUGAAUACGACAAAGCUGAUUUUUGGCGAAAGCUAACACAUCUUGUGGAGAACAAACUUUACUUUGGUGGAUUACUUCUGACAAGUGGAUAAUUUUAUUAUCACUUUAAGAAAAACAUCUGGAGAGAUGGCUCUUCGUUGGACGAGAUCGCCGGCGCGUGAGGAGCACCUGCUGACCGGAGCUGACCUUUCUGACAUCCACGACGGAAGCAGCUCCCUCCACGCAGACGACCUCCCUGGACGUGCCGAGGAUCUCCUGCAGUGGAUCAGAGCCCUCGACAACGACCUCCCCGUCUUCAGCUCUGAGGACGAGGGAGAUAAGGUAAGUGAACUUGAGGCCUUCUGCCAGCUCCUUUCUGACGAUGAAGAUGAGGACGACGACGUGUUUGAGGUAAGUGAACUUGAGGCCUUCUACCAGCUCCUUUCUGACGAUGAAGAUGAGGACGAGGAGGAUGAGGUAAGUGAAGGUGAGGUCAUCUUCCAGCUCCUUUCUGACGAUGAGGACGACGACGUGUUUGAGGUAAGUGAACUUGAGGCCUUCUACCAGCUCCUUUCUGACGAUGAAGAUGAGGAGGAUGAGGUAAGUGAAGGUGAGGUCAUCUUCCAGCUCCUUUCUGACGAUGAGGACGACGACGUGUUUGAGGUAAGUGAACUUGAGGCCUUCUACCAGCUCCUUUCUGACGAUGAAGAUGAGGACGACGUGUUUGAGGUAAGUGAACUUGAGGCCUUCUACCAGCUCCUUUCUGACGAUGAAGAUGAGGACGAGGAGGAUGAGGUAAGUGAAGGUGAGGUCAUCUUCCAGCUCCUUUCUGACGAUGAGGACGACGACGUGUUUGAGGUAAGUGAACUUGAGGCCUUCUACCAGCUCCUUUCUGACGAUGAAGAUGAGGACGACGACGUGUUUGAGGUAAGUGAACUUGAGGCCUUCUACCAGCUCCUUUCUGACGAUGAGGACGACGACGUGUUUGAGGUAAGUGAACUUGAGGCCUUCUGCCAGCUCCUUUCUGACGAUGAAGAUGAGGACGACGACGUGUUUGAGGUAAGUGAACUUGAGGCCUUCUACCAGCUCCUUUCUGACGAUGAAGAUGAGGACGACGACGUGUUUGAGAUGAGGACGAGGAAGAUAAGGUAA